ACCUUCUGCCAAAGAAAAGAGAAGAAAAACCAAAUAAGCAUUGCUCUAAAAAUUAAAAGAGGGAAAAAAAAAAACAAAGGGUUUAGUUAGGGCUUUUGCCUGUCGAUUAUAAGCAGCUAAACAUAAGUUUCUCUCUCUCUCUCUCCCCUUCCUUUGGAACGGAAACAGUCCUCCUAGCCAUGAUAACCGGCGGCAAGAGCUACGUCACAUCACCGCCAGCAUUCUCCAACGACGCCAAACGACUUCUCGUUUGCUCUGGCAACUCUGUCUCCAUCUUUAGCACUGCCACUGGCUUACAGGUUGCAUCGCUGGAAGGCCAUACGGCUCUCGUGACAAGGGUAAUAGUGGUACCAGCGACGAGUAAGAUACUGUGUUAUUGUUGGACGGCGUCGCUUGAUGGGACUAUUCGGUAUUGGGAUUUUUCGGUUCCGGAAUUAAUCAAGACAGUUGAUAUUAAGUUCCCCAUAUUCUCCAUGGUUAUUCCAUCUCUACUAAGCCAACAAGCUGAGACAAAUGAAAAACGGUCUAAACUAUUUGCUUAUGUGUCUAUUGAAAAUACUAAAGAGACAGAAGAUCAGUCUAAAUCUUUACGUGGACUAAUCAAGAAAUGUAACUUGACUGAUUCUCGACUUCUUGGUGGAGUAACUCUGACAGAGACAAAGCAACCACAAUUUAUAACUAUUAGCCCAUCUGGAAAAUAUUUUGGCAUCUGGACCAAGCGCAAGCUCCACAUAUGGAUUGUUCCUAGCACAGAUUCUGAACGUGCAAUAGUUAAGAAGAUCACACUGCAUCAUACAAGAAACAUGACAGUUGUUGCAUUCCACCCAACUCAAAAAAUUGUUGCUGCAGGAGAUGUGACUGGUAGAAUUUUGAUUUGGAGGGGGUUUGGAAAUAGAUCAUUUGGUGUAAAUGAUAUAUUAAUGAGUGGAAUUUCAAUGAAUAAUGAUGAAGAAAGACCUGGAGUGAGGGGUGAUGAUGAUGCAGAGUCUUGCACCACAUGGCAUUGGCAUCCUUCUGAAGUAAAUGUCCUCUCUUUCUCUUCUGAUGGAGCCUAUUUGUAUUCAGGUGGGAAGGAAGGAGUUCUUGUGGUUUGGCAACUAGACACAGGGAAGAAGAAAUUUUUACCAAGAAUUGGAUCUCCACUCCUAUAUUACACGGACUCUACAGAUCCUUCACUUUCCUCAAUAUCUUGUGCAGAUAAUCAAAUUCAUAUAUUGAAAAUGCCUUCCAUGGGAAUUUUGAAGUCCAUUUCUGGGAUCAAGCUCCCAUGUUCAUUUCCAAAGAUGUCCAAAGUCUCAUUUAGUGGGGUUGCCUUUGAUCGCACUUCUGGUUUAGUUGCUGUGCGAACGGAGAACUACUGCAUCCAGUUAUAUAGUCUAUUUGAUGAUCGUGGAAUAUCUGAGGUCCAAGUUUGUGAGAGAAACUAUCAACCGAGUGAUGAAAUUACGCUAGUAGUGGCUUUAGUUGCUCUGUCACUGGAUGGCUCUAUGAUGAGUACUGCCGAGGUGAAGCUUGCUGAGGAGGGCUUAGGUGGACUAGUUUGUCUUAAGUUUUGGGCAUUGGGAUCAGACAACAAAAACUUCAGCUUGUCCACCAUUGUUUAUGACCCUCACAGGGAUGCUGAGAUUUCAUCUCUCACGUUUCAUCCUACCCGUUGUAUGGCUGUCAGCACAUCUUAUGGUGCGGACUUUAAGGUAUGGGUUUGUAACUAUGGCAUUCUGCGGAAAGAUCAAGUGCUUACAAAUUCUAGAUGGACUUGUCAUGCUGUCGCCUCAUAUAAAAAAAAGCCAAUGACAGCUGCUGCAUUUUCUAAUGAUGGUUCUGUUCUGGCCGUUGCAGCUGAAACUGUUAUUACAUUAUGGGACCCAGACAAGAAUAUUCUUGUAGCUGUACUUGGGGAGACAGACACGCCAAUUCGGACCCUCUCAUUUGUUGGGAAAUCUGAGUAUCUUGCUUCUGCAUCUUUGGGUUCAAAACCACAACUUUCUGUUUGGAGCAUGUCAAAGCUUUCUAUGUCUUGGUCAUAUAGGCUUCAUGUAGAAGCUAUAGCCAGCACAGCAGCUGCAUCUUGUUUUGCUGCUCUGAUCCUCCUUCCUGAAUCAUCUGCAUCCAGUGAAACAUUUGGAUCAAGAGAUGGAGUAAUUUUAUUUUUCAAUGCAGCAAAUCCAAUCCCGAUGGCUACCUGGUUGGUGAAUAAGGCCAAGGGAGGGGUCCUUGCUUUUCUUCAAUUAAGUCAAUCUUCUUCUGUAGAAGGAACGUUUGAUGCGAUUCCACCUAGAGAGUUGCUUGCGUACAUGAAUGGGGAUCAUGAGUAUGUCCUAUUUGACCCACAUGGGAAGGAAGCUCAUGAACUUGGCACAUCUAGAAGGGAUGGUGUCCUUGAUCUCGAAGAAGCAGGGAAAUUUGGGUAUGCAUCUAUUUAUGGGGAACUACCAGAGUUCGACUUUACUAAAACUCAGGCUUCAUCGGUUCCAUCUGUACCAUCUGAGAGGCCAUGGGAUACCAUAUUUAGCGGGUCAUCACAUAAUCUUCCACCCCUAACCAAGCUGUGUUCAGCAUUUCUGGAGUCAUUGUUGGAAAAGAGGACCUCUGUUGUGGAGUGAUGUUAGAUACCAGUAUGCGAAUAUGACUAGACACGACACCUCUGGAGUAUCAGUCAAUUUAAAUUCAUCAGCUACAGUAGCAAACCGGAUGCUUCUCGGUUACAGGUAUUAUAUUGUAAAUAUUGCUGAAAAUUAUUUGGAGGCGCAUGUGUCAUAUUUAUGAGAAAAAAUUAUGUCAAACCGAAGGGCCUGGUAAUAGGCUUCAGAAAUUUUGGUAGGGUAUAAAUCAUGUGAUGAACUUCACAAUUGCAGCAUAACAUUCUUCAGAAUUAGCAUUACAACAGAUGUUAGUAGGAAAGAUAUCUCUGCUGCUUACAAUGGUAGGAUCAGCAAUUGUUGUAAAAGUUAGAUGGAGGGAUAAAAUUGCCAUUUUAAUGAUCAUUUUAUCAACUGUGA